UUCAAAGGGCUAUCAAAUGCGCUUUUCUCCGGUGCUGUAUCAACAUAAUUCCUGAGCUAUGUGUUGGUUUGUAGACAAUUAUCAAAGUUUGACCUGGAAAGUAGCUUUAAUUAUUUUUGGCACUCUUUCAAAUGCUCAGGAGCUGAGUUAGAAAGGGGUGUUAAAACAUUCCCAGAGAGCCAGAGAGUGUGGAAAUCCAGCCAGGACCCCCUGCAGGGUGUGGGCUAAGCUUGAUUGAGCAAAGGGGCAAAAUAUUUGUGUCGUAGGUAAUGAUUGUAUUGGAUCAUACCUAUGUACCUGACAGGGAAGCAAGAAAGGUGAAUGACAGCAUUUGGAUACCCAGGCAAUGUCCGUAAAAACUGAACAAACACCAGGGAACUCGGAGAAGAUGGUCCGCAUAAGAAUUGUGAAGGAACUGCCGGACAAGACACCUGCUGCCUCCAAAUCAGGAAGUCAUAGCUGUGACCACUGUCAACUUAUCUUCCUCACUGCAACACAAUUAAAGAUACACCUUCUGGAGUGUCACAUGGACGAGGCAACCAACAGCUGUAAGGACUGCUUCAGGACGUUCCAACGAGUGGAGGCACUCCAAAGACAUGUCAUGGAACGCAUCUGUGUCUCCAAGCGCGUCGUGCCGUGCCCGUACUGCGCCGCCCCGUUCCCGAACCGCUCCAAGCUGGCCACGCACGUGUCCACGGUGCACCUGCGCGCGCCGCGCUCGGUGCUGUGUGACGCGUGUGGCGCCGUGUUCAGUCGGCGCGGCGCGCUGCACCGCCACCUGGACACCAUGCACGGCGGGCGCGCCGGUGGCCCUGACGGCGGCCCGGUGGCGCCGCGCCGCUGCCCGCUCUGCCCGGCCGCCUUCCGCGCCGUGGAUAACCUGCAGCGCCACCUGGUGAGCCGACACGCCAACUGGAAGCGCUGGAUGUGCUCGCUGUGCCGUCAGACGUACAACCACAGCGUCGACCUGAAGCGGCACGUGCUGAAGAAACACGGACUGGUGCUGCCGGCCAUCACGGGCAGGAGGAAAAAGAACAUUUUGGAUAUGCACGUGCUGCCGGGGCCGGCCGAGGCGGCGCCGCUGCCGCCGGCGCUGGCGGAGCGGCAGCGCCAGCUGCGCCGGCUGCUGGCUAUGGUGCCGACGGGCCGCUACGACCCGGAGCUGCUGGCCGUGUUCGGCCGGCUGCCGCUGGCCAGACCGGGCGUCAAACAGGCGCAGCCGGGCACCGAGCUGACGGCCGAGCUGACCGCCGAGCCCGAGCCGGUCGUGGUGGACGGAGACCCCACCGAGCCGGUCGCGGCGGACGGAGACCUCACCGAGCCGCGAGUCGAGGUGCAGUUCGUGGAGCGGUGUCCGCCCGACACGCCCGAACACGUCACCGAGAGCCGGGAGGAGCUGGAGCGGUCCGCCGCGCCGCCGGAGCAGGCGGUACCGGUCGGCCAGCCGGUACCGGUCGGGGUGGUGGGGACCGUGGAGGUGGUGGAGCGGCCGCUGCUGCUGUCCGCCCCCGUGCUGGUCAUGGGCGGCGGCGCGGCCGGUCUGCCGCUGCUCCUGCUGCCGCCCCCGCCUCCGCCGCCGCCCCCGCCGACUGUGCGGCUCGCGCUGCCGCCGUCUGUGUCUGCGCCGGUGCAGAGGUACCGCCGCCGGACCAUAGGUCGGCGGGCGACCGCCGAGGAGGUAAGAAUGGCGCGGGGAGAGCAGGCCCCGCCGGCAGCCCCGCCGGCGCCCCCGUGGGUGCUGCUGCCCGCCCAGCCGUCCGCCCCCUGCGAACCCGUCACCAGUUUCUCCCUGGUGAAGGCCCAGGAGACGGGAGCCGUCACUCUGGUGGCGGUCCCGGGCGGCGCGGCGGCGGCGGAGCCCGGGUCGGCCGAUGGGCGCACCCUAUCCGUACUGACGGGGGCCGGGGAGGGCGGAGCGCCGCUGGUACUCACCGAGCUCCCCCCGCCGGCCGAUGCCGCCCCGCAGCAGCCGCCGCCGGCGGCGACCUCUCGGGAGGCGGAACCCGUCGGUCCGGACCCAGCAGUCAGCCGCGCAGAAGUGACCGGCCACCCGCCGGCGAGAGAGGGAGUCAUGGCGCCCGAACACGGUGAUUAUAGGGACGGCGGCACUGCGGGAUCAAAUUGUUACCGAGACGCCGGUCCGGCACAAGCAGAGAAUGACCGCAACGGCGGCUCGCCCAAAGCGAGUAGUGACUAG